UCAAGUAACUUCCCCCAAAUCAAAACGGUUCUGAAAAAGCUCCUGCAGAUCUGUUUGAACUACUGCAUAUGGGUUCAUUUUGCAUUCAUACGAUCUAAAAAUGCUAACAAGUUCACUUUGAUGGGCCUCCAGUACAAGGCACGCGGAUUCGGCACUUUUCAGUCGUUUUUUCCGCCACUGGCACACCAUAUGCAUGAUCCCCAAUCCUUCUCGCUGUCAGGGUGCUAACUGAAACUUUAAACUGACUCAGUUGUCAAGUCCUUGUUGGGCAUGGAGUACUUCCAGCUUUCAAACACCGUUACUCCGAUCAAAACCCAUCCUUUAAUAAUUAAAUCGCAUAUGCCUCCUACUUGAACUAUAUACGUACCAGCACGACCAAAAUGUCAUCAUUUCCGCCGCUACCCCCAUUUCCAACCGCGUCAUCUUCAUCACUUCCCCCUGGGUUCAUGCAUCCUUCCAGAGGCGGCCUUAAUUUUAUGUCAUCAGCGCCUCCAAUCAUUUCAAGCAUAGAAAGUACGGGUCGGAAACGAGAGAUGCAAACAUACAUGGUACGACAGACGAUCUCUUCGUUUUCCUUUGCAGCGAGCACUGACUGUGAAUGUUUGUGUAAGAUGUCGCUUGAUGGCAUCGACAUGGAAGACGAUGAGCAGGAUACGCUGUUUGCCAAGUACAGCGUUGACACCGUGUAUCUAAACUACCUGGCAGCGCGGAAUCGAGUCCGCCAAUACACUCAACUCUUGGCACUCCUGAAGCGCGAGGAAAAUGCAUGGCUAGAGAAAGUUCAGAAGGCUAAACUUGCGGUGCCGGGUUACAAGCCUGAGCCUGAGGGGGCGGUUAUCUCGCUUGAAAUCUGAAGAUGAUCUUUCCUCGUUACAAGUUUGUGCAUUUAGAGUGAUCUCUGUUUCAUAUAUAUCCCGGUGUCAACUACUGUAUUCGAAAUAAAUGUAUCUCUUGCUCGAUCUUCUGUUGUAA